AUGUUGGCAACUCCUACCAUCAGCUUGCCGAGAGCAGCAGGCCUUACACAACUACCGACCAAGACCGCGGCUACCGCUUCCACAAUCGAGUUCCUCCAAGAUGAGGAGCCAAAGACAAUCAACGAUUUGAUCCGUCUACGAGCACAGGAAGAUUGCUCCGACGAGCCCAUUGUGGCAUACCCUUCUUCCGGAACAAACUAUGUUCAUUACACGCCCAAACAACUGGACGCCUUCGCCGAGCGUGCGGCAUCACAUUACUCAGCUUUCAUUCCGCAAAGGACAUCUUCGAGCGAUCCUGUGCACGUCGUUGGUCUGCUCGGUCCUUCGAAUCUUGAGUACCUUAUCACUCUACUCGCCAUCACAAGACUCGGACAUACGGUGCUUUUCCUGUCGACAAGGAUUUCAGAGGAAGCAUAUGUUGGUCUGUUGAAUUCGACAAAAGCCACCACUCUGCUGGUCGACAAUGCCUUCCAGUCCAUGGAUAAGAAGAUUCAAAGUCAAUGUCCUGUCAGCGUGCAGCCGGUCUGCAGCAGGGUUGACUACGACGGGUCAAAGCCUACCACUUCCCUCCCGAAGGCAUACUUAGACAGCAACACUGAGAACUCAAAUAUCGCCUGGAUCAUCCACUCGAGUGGUUCGACUGGCCUGCCCAAGCCCAUCUACCAGACUCACGCUGGCAAUCUGCGAAAUUAUGCAAACAACUUUGGUCUCCGCGGAUACAUCACUCUGCCACUCUUCCACGCCCAUGGCAUUAGUUGCUUGUUCCGCGCCAUCCACUCCCGCAAGCUCAUUUACAUGUACAAUGCUGACCUCCCAUUGACGGCGCCUCACCUCGUCGCCACACUCAAGAGCCACGACAUCCAGAUCCUCUACGCCGUGCCAUACGCAUUGAAGCUUCUCGCAGAAUCGGAAGAAGGCGUGAAGCUUCUUGCAUCACUUCAUUUAGUCAUGUUCGGCGGUUCUGCAUGUCCGAAACCGAUCGGUGACAAGUUGACAGCUCAAGGCGUGUUGCUUGUAUCGCAUUACGGCACAACCGAGACCGGCCAGUUGAUGACAUCCUUCCGCGACCGUGCAGACAAAGACUGGGAUUUCGUGCGUCCCGCCGACAACCUCAAGCCCUUCCUGCGCUGGGAGGAGCAAGCUGCCGGAAGCGGUAUCUACGAGCUUGUCAUCCUCAAAGGCUGGCCGAGUCUGGUGGCGAGUAAUCGUCCGGAUGAUGCGUAUGCGACCAAGGAUCUUUUUGAGGCUCAUCCGACUACGCCGCAUGCUUGGAGGUAUUACGCCCGUCUGGAUGAUACACUUGUGCUGGAGAACGGCGAAAAAGCGAAUCCGCUGUUUGUCGAGGGCGUUGCUCGUGAGAACAGGAAUGUUGCCGAGGCUCUUGCUUUCGGUGCAAACAAGCCUCGUAUCGGCCUGUUCUUGAUUCCGGCUGAGUCUACUGCUUGCAAGACCAACGAAGAGCUCGUUGAUACGAUUUGGCCUGCUAUUGAGAAGAGCAAUGAUCAAGUGCCCGCCUUCUCCAGACUUUCAAAGGACAUGAUCAAAGUCUUGCCGAAGAAUCUGGUGUACAGAAAGACAGACAAGGGUACCGUCAUCCGCGCUGCUUUCUACCGCGAUUACAAGGACUUGAUCGAAGACGCUUAUCGCGAGGAUGAGCUUUCCGGCAGCGAAAUUCUCGAGGGAAACGACCUUCUUGCCUUCCUACGAGCGCGUCUGCUGGAGAUCGCCGACUUCGCCGACAUGUCCGUGCUACAGGACGACACCGACCUCUUCAGUCUCGGUGUUGACAGUCUACAGUCCAUCAGAUUGAGGAAGAGCAUUCUCGAGACCCUCGACGUUGGAGGCCAGAAGGUUUCUCAAAAUUUCGUCUUCGAGAAUCCAAGCUUGACCGCUAUGGCUGAAGAAUUGACUCGUCUCCGUACUGGCACAGCCAAGAAGGACUUGCCGACCGUCGAAGAAAGAAUGGCUGCUCUGAUUGACAGAUACAGCGACUUUCCUCAACAUGUUGCCGGGAACAAAGCUGGCCCAGCCGGCGAGCAUGUUGUCGUUACCGGCGCCACCGGAUCUCUUGGUGCUCAUGUUGUCGCUCAGCUGGUUCGUCAAGAGAGUGUUUCCAGGGUCUAUUGUCUUGUACGCGCAUCGUCGCAGGCUACUGGACAGAAGAGAGUCCGCCAAUCGCUCAUGGAGAGACACGUAUAUCACAUGCUUUCUGCCUCUGCUUUGCGCAAACUCGUUGUGCUCCCUGCAACUUUCGCAGAACCUCAUCUCGGCCUCUCAGAUCAAGUGUAUAAGCAAUUGUCCUCAGAAGUGACUGGCGUUCUACACUGCGCUUGGUCGGUCAACUUCAACAUGGGGCUCGAAAGUUUCGAGAAGGACUGUAUCGCCGGCACAAGGCAUUUGAUUGAUCUUUGUCUGUCAUCCACCCGUGAAACACCUGCUCGUUUGGCUUUCUGCUCUUCCGUCUCCGCAGUCGCCAGAACACCUGGUAAUAUCGCUCCUGAAGACUUGCCCGACUCCUUGUCACACGCUCAAGGCAUGGGCUAUGCACAAUCCAAGCUCGUUACAGAGCACAUCUGUCGCCGCGCUGCCGCGCAAACAGGCAUGUCCGCUCGUGUGGUCCGCGUAGGUCAAAUCGUAGCCGACACUCGUCAAGGUGUCUGGAACGCAACGGAAGCAAUUCCUAUGAUCUUCCAGACUGCAGUGACAGUCGGCGCACUUCCUGCGCUUGACGAGACACCUUCCUGGACACCCGUCGACAUUAUCGCUAGCAGUCUUGUCGAGUCACUCGCCAGCAAAGAAGAUGCGGGCGUCAUCAAUCUGACCAAUCCUGCCUCCUUCCAUUGGACCAAAGAUCUUCUGCCUCUGCUCAAGCAAGCAGGUCUGGACUUCGAGACAGUGGACAAGCGUACCUGGCUUGCCCGUCUGCGAGUGUCAAAUCCUGACCCUACUGCAAACCCACCAAUCAAAUUACUCGACUUCUUCACAGCAAAAUACGACAACGACGCCAAGGGCAGAAAACUGUCUUAUGCGACAGCAAAAGCGGAAGCAUGCGCACCCAGUCUGUCUUCCGCUGGUCAGUUGAGUUUCGAAUUGGUGCAAAAAUUCGUCAACUAUUUCCAAAACAAUUGCUGGAACAGUCAGGAGAAGAAACAAGCGAAGCAGACAGUCCUUGUCAUCGCCGGACCUUGUGGCACAGGCAAGACUACUGUUGCUACAGCUAUUGCUGAGAAGAUGAGCCUACCCUACAUCGAAGGCGAUGUUCUCCACACACCUGAAGCGCGCGAGCAAAUGGCACAAGAUAUCGCACUCAAAGACUCUGAUCGUUGGAAGUGGCUGGCUCGUCUUCGCAAAGCUGCUGCGUCUUCUUUGCUGGAGACCAAAGCUUCUGCGGUUGUGGUCACUUGCUCAGCAUUACGACAAGCAUACCGUGACUCUCUUCGUCAAGUGACUGAAGAAGACAAUUUCGACAUCAAGUUCUUGCUUUUACUCGGCGAUGAGGAAGAGUUGAAAAGGAGGACUAAAGUCAGAGCUGUUGAGGAGGGACAUUAUAUGAAGCCGGAAAUGGUCGGUGGGCAAUUGGCUACACUUGAGAGCCCAGGUGAGGCAGAAGUAGAUGUAGUGCCUAUUGAUACUGUCAAGGCGAAAGAUGUGGUCGUGGCAGAAGUCGAAGAGAUAGCCAGGGUGAUGUUGACAUAA